UUCCUCCUUGGAAGUAAAUGAUCACAAGAAUAGACCAAAGUAGGCAAAAUCUGAACAGGUAGAAGAAGCAGUGAAAUCCUCUCUGAACGCUUUUACAGGAAAACAAUAUCCACUGCAGCCUACAAAUAAUGACUCCCCAGCUGAAGACUCGACUGAACAUAAUCCCACGACUCAUCCAGGGGGAUCUGAAGAGCUUGUCUCAGGAAGUGAGAUACUUCAUUGAAAGCAAUGCCAAGCUAUGCCAACCUGCUAGAAUUCAUAUCUGUGAUGGCUCAGAAGAAGAGAACAAAAACAUUCUGGAUAUCAUGGUAGAACAAGGCAUGAUCAAGAGGCUGAAGAAGUAUGAGAACUGUUGGUUGGCUCUCACUGAUCCAAGGGAUGUGGCAAGAAUUGAAAGCAAAACAGUCAUUAUCACUCAGGAGCAGAGAGAUACCAUUCCAAUCCCUAAAACUGGAACUAGCCAGCUGGGUCACUGGAUGUCAGAAGAAGAUUUUGAGAAAGCCUUCAAUGUCAGAUUCCCGGGGUGCAUGAAAGGACGUACAAUGUAUGUCAUCCCCUUUAGUAUGGGGCCCAUUGGGUCUCCUUUAUGCAAGUUUGGGAUUGAGCUGACAGAUUCACCGUACGUGGUGGCCAGCAUGAGAAUCAUGACCCGGAUGGGAACAGCCGUCUUGGAAGCCCUAGGGAAUGGAGAGUUUGUAAAAUGCCUUCAUUCGGUUGGGUGUCCUUUCCCACUAAAAAAACCACUAGUAAACAAUUGGCCCUGCAACCCAGAUUUGACUCUGAUUGCUCAGAUUCCUGAUCGCAGAGAAAUCAUCUCAUUUGGCAGUGGUUAUGGAGGAAACUCCUUGCUGGGGAAAAAGUGCUUUGCCCUCAGGAUUGCCAGCAGAAUUGCCAAGGAAGAGGGCUGGCUUGCUGAGCACAUGCUGAUUCUGGGUAUCACAAACCCAGAGGGUGAGAAGAAGUACUUUACCGCGGCAUUCCCCAGUGCAUGUGGAAAAACUAACUUGGCUAUGAUGAACCCAACUCUGCCAGGAUGGAAAAUUGAGUGUGUUGGGGAUGAUAUUGCCUGGAUGAAAUUCGAUGAGCAAGGUAAUUUAAGGGCAAUCAAUCCAGAAAAUGGAUUUUUUGGAGUUGCUCCUGGGACAUCAGUAAAAACAAACCCCAAUGCCAUAAAGACCAUACACAAGAAUACCAUCUUCACCAAUGUAGCAGAAACCAGCGAUGGAGGCAUAUACUGGGAAGGCAUUGAUGAACCACUUGCACCAGGAGUGACACUGACUUCAUGGAAGAACAAGAAGUGGACUCCAGGGAAUGGGGAGACUUGCGCCCAUCCCAAUUCUCGAUUCUGCACCCCUGCCAGCCAGUGCCCAAUCAUUGACCCUGCCUGGGAAUCUCCAGAAGGAGUGCCGAUUGAGGGUAUAAUAUUUGGAGGCCGUAGACCUGCUGGUGUGCCUCUAGUAUAUGAGGCCCUUAGCUGGCAGCAUGGUGUAUUUAUAGGAGCAGCUAUGAGAUCUGAAGCAACUGCAGCUGCUGAGCACAAAGGAAAAAUCAUUAUGCACGACCCCUUUGCCAUGCGGCCUUUCUUUGGCUACAACUUUGGCAAAUACCUUGCCCACUGGCUUAGCAUGGCACAUCGCCCAGCUGCAAAACUGCCCAAGAUCUUCCAUGUGAACUGGUUCCGAAAAGACAAGCAAGGAAAAUUCCUGUGGCCUGGUUAUGGGGAGAACUCCCGUGUGCUGGAAUGGAUGUUCAACAGAAUCCGUGGAGAGGCCGAUGCCAAGCGAACUGCUAUAGGCUACAUCCCUGCUGACGCAGCCUUGAACCUGAAGGGCCUAGAAGGCAUUGACAUGACAGAACUGUUUGAUGUCUCCAAAGAGUUCUGGGAAAAAGAGGUAAUGGAAAUCAAGAAAUAUUUUGAAGAGCAAGUUAAUGCUGACCUCCCUUAUGAAAUAGAAAGAGAAGUUCUUGCACUGGAGCAAAGGAUAAAACAGCUGUAACUGAUCAAAACAGUUCUGAAUCCACACAUAAUGAAGAUGACAAGCACACUUUACUGGAAGCACACUAAUACAUUGAUAGGUAGGGGACAAUGCUGAAAAAUAUAACAAUUUUCAUUCUAAAAAGGAAAAUCAAGGUUGUUAGUCAGCUGGAACUCCUGGACAUCCCAGAGGUAACUUCCAGCCCAUGGGUUGAGGAUUACAUGUGCAAAUGACCCUUAAGACAUCUGCAUGAUCAUUUGCAUGCAUAAUUACUAUAAUUCUGCACGCAAUCACGUGUACAGAUUACUUGGAUACAUUUUUGCAUGUGCAAUUCUGAAAACACAGACUCCAAUGUUUUAGAGAAUGUCUGUUUCUGUUAUAAUGAGCAUUAAAGACCCAGAUGAAUUUGUUUUUACCUUAGUGGUGUCAGUUACAAUAAAGAAAAAAACCCUGUAAGCUGUAUAUAUGUAUUAUCUAGCUAUAUUUUCUAUCUUUAAAAAUAUUUGGAAAGAUUACUUACCAGAGUGAAAGAUUAUUUUAUA